UCCCGACAGGUCCCCCUAUUCUUAGAGUUAUUUCAGGCAAGGAACCCGAUUCCUCGCUUCCAAACAAAUGAUCUCAUUCUCUCCCCCUUCUGCCACUUUCCGCCAUCCCAUUCGCCUCUCCUCUCCCAAGAAAUCGACAAAAAGCAGUAGAAUUUCACGCUAUAUAAGCCUUCAGUCCACGCCAAUUCACUCACUUGAUUCACACCCACAACGCAGACGUCUCUCUGUAUUCACAGUUCCUCUCCUCUUCCCGUGAUCCUCGGUUUCUUUUGGUUAUGGCGGAUGAGAAGGCAGCUCUGCUGAAUCCCGGCAAGAACCGGGCCUUCGCGCGCUCCGUGUCCCACGCGCAGGACGAGCUGCAGGGGUUCCGGACUUGGCUCAAGUGGCUCUGCGUCGACCAGUCCAACCACUGGACCGCCGCUCUCUCAUGGUUUGUCUUUGUGGGCCUCGCGAUUAUUGUCCCCGCGCUCUCCCACUUCGUGCUCGCCUGCGCCGACUGCGACAGCCUCCACAACAGGCCUUAUGACGCCGUCGCGCAGCUGUCGCUCAGCGGCGUCGCCGCACUUUCUUUCAUUUGUUUGUCGGGGUUUGUGAGGAAGUAUGGGCUCAGGAGAUUCUUGUUCUUCGAUAAGCUCUGUGAUGAGAGCGAGACUGUAAGGAAGGGGUACACCAAACAGUUCAAUAGAUCAAUGAAGCUCUUAUUCAUAUUCGUGCUGCCCUGUUUUGCUGCCGAGAGUGCGUAUAAAAUAUGGUGGUACAGCUCCGGGGGGACGCGAAUUCCGUUCUUGGGCAAUGUCAUUGUGAGCAACACAGUAGCAUGCAUCCUCGAGCUGUGCUCAUGGUUCUAUCGAACCGUGGUCUUUUUCCUAGUCUGCAUUCUGUUUCGCCUCAUCUGUUACCUUCAGAUUCUCCGUCUCCAAGACUUUGCUCAGGUCUUUCAGGUCGAUUCAGAUGUUGAAUCCGUUUUGAGGGAGCACCUCAGAAUCAGAAGACAUUUGCGAAUAAUCAGCCAUCGUUACAGAUCAUUCAUAUUGUUGGCUUUGAUUUUCAUCACUGCAAGUCAGUUUGCGUCCCUUCUCAUGACCACACGGUCAAGUGCUGAUGUCAAUAUAUACCAUACCGGAGAGCUAGCGGUUUGCUCCCUCAGCCUUCUAGCCGGGCUGCUAAUUUUACUACGAAGUGCAACGAGAAUCACCCACAAAGCACAAGCCGUCACAUGCCUUGCAGCCAAGUGGCAUGUGUGUGCUACAAUUGACUCGUUCGAUACAGCUGAAACCGAGACUCCAGUUGCUCGGGUAUCUGACGAGCAAAUAUUCACCGGGAGUUCUGAUGGAUCAUCUGAUCUAGACGAUGUGGGAGAUGAAGAAGAUGAACUCGACAAUUCCAAGUUCCUUCCAGCAUAUGCCUUCAGCACAAUCUCAUUUCAGAAAAGACAAGCCUUGGUAACAUACUUUGAGAACAAUAGAGCCGGGAUUACGAUAUACGGGUUCAUGCUGGACCGAACUUCUCUGCACACAAUAUUUGGGAUAGAGUUGUCCCUGGUGCUAUGGCUGCUCGGAAAGACAGUAGGCAUUUCUUGAACAAACGAGCAACGGGCGCGAAUCGAUGCUAUAGUCGAUGAUCGGUUGGUGAAAUCCUCCAUUGUCAGACAUAGAUGGUUUCCGAGUUGCAAAUUUGUGCAGAGAUCAUGGAGAAGACUGUGUGUGAGCAUGGAGAGAGUGGAGGAAAUGUAUUCUUUCAUUUCUUUUUGUAUCAUCCCUUUGUAUUGAUGUAUAUGUCUUUUCUCUCAUUCCCCUUUUACCGACUCAUGUAUUGCUUCUUAAGGUAUGAUCAAGAACCAUACCGUAAUGGUUCUUGAUGUGAUUAUUAAACAAGUCGAGUUCAAAUCA